UCAUAAAAUUAGUAUCAUUUGUUCCUCCUAUCCGACAACCGAAAAAUACAUCCCUCAAUAUGAAACUAUUAUUUCUACUCUGCCUGAUUUCGGCCGGUGCACUGGUUCUGGCCAAACCUCUCGUAACUUUUGAUGUGGUUCAACCAACCGAUGAUUCAGAUGUCAUUGGCGAUGUAGUAGCUUCUGAUUCCGAUUUGAAUAAACCAGCGGAAGAGGACGCGGAAGUUGAUGGUGCACUCGAGGAAUCGGAUGCGCAGAGCGAUGACGAAGAUCAAGUCCCAGAGGACGAGAAUCCCAAUGGAAACCAGGAAGCAGAUGACCACGAGAACGAUGCAGAUCAAACUCUGGAAGAUUCUAAUGAAGAUAGUGGCGAGGAUUCGGUAGACGAACUCGAAGAUCAUCCACAAGAUGACUCAGAGGAAUCACACGGUCAAAAUUCUGAAGAAGUUGAUCAAUCAUCACAAGACGAUGGAGAAACCGAAGAUCACGACGAUCAUGAACAACGUCCUCCACAACACCCUGGACAAGAUGAUCAUGGACCACAUCCUCCUCAAAAACCACAGAACCCCGGACAAGAUCAUCAUGGACAAGGUCCUCAUCAUGAACCACAAAAGCCAGGACAAGAUCAUCAUCAUCAUCAUCAUCACCCUCAAGAUCCUCAGGGACCUCCAAAGCCAGGACAAGGAGCUCAUGGACAACAUCCUCAUCAUGGACCACAAAAGCCAGGACAUGAUCAUCAUGGACAACAUCCUGCUCAUAGACCACAAAAGCCAGAGCAAGGACCCCAUGGAGAACAUCCUCAUCAUGGACCACAGAAGCCAGGACAUGAUCAUCAUGGACAAUGUCCUCCUCAGGAACAGCAAAGCCCCGGACAUAAUAAUGAACAAGAACAUGGGGCUCCACAAGAAGUUGGAUCAGUUCCACAAGUUGUAAACAUUAGUAUCAAUAUUGGUCAAUAGAGACUGGUAAGAAAAGAACGGAAAUACAGUCGAACUUCUCUAACGAUGCAAUAAAAUAAUUCUGUAAAAAAUGAA